AUGGGAAAAACAACAGUUUCGGAAUCAAUGUUUAUAGGUUGGAUGGAAUGUAAUAAGAAAUACACAGAAGCCAGAGAAUUAACAUAUGCUGAGUUUGUUUCUAAGUUUGUAUAUGUCAAGAAAGAUAGAUGUUGGAAACCAAGGAAAAUGAGGAAUACUAUUGGAAGACUGAUUUGGGUUCCUCCAAGUAUUAAUGAAGUAUUUUAUCUUAGAAGAAUGCUAACCCAUGUAAGAGGACCAACAUCCUACAUUGAUAUCAGUACAGUUAAGAAUGUAAUAUAUUCUACAUUUAGAAAAGCUUGCUUAGCUUUGGGAAUAUUAGCUGAUGAUACAAAAUAUGUUGAAGCUAUAAAAGAAGCAAAGGAUUGGGGUUCCAGACAUUAUCUAAGAAAAUUAUUUGUCACUGUCAUGUUGUCAAAUAGUGUUAAUCGACCAGAAGAGCUAUGGAACAAGACAUGGGAGUGGUUAGCAGAUGGAAUUCUCUACCGAGAGAGAAAUAUAGGAGGAAUUCCAGAGUUCAAUGAUCCUAUAGAAGCAAUUGUGUCUGCCAUUUACCCAAAUUUGAUACAAAAGCAUACAGACGAGUCUUAUCUACAGCGUAGGGCAAUAUUGGCAAGUAGGAUUGAGACAAUCAAUGAAAUCAAUCAAUACAUGUUGUCACUAAUUUCAGGGGAAGAAAAGGAGUAUCUUAGCUGUGAUUCAGUUGGUGAAACAAAAUCUGCUUCAAACGAUAACUACAACACUAUAACUUCCAAAUUCCUAAAUUCUCUCUUUACCUCUAGCCUUUCUAACCAUAGAAUCAAACUGAAGAUUGGGGCACCAAUAAUGCUUUUGAGGAACUUGGAUCAAGCAAAAGGUUUGUGCAAUAAGAGCAAAUCAAUAAUAACAAGACUUGCAAGCCAUGUUAUUGGAGCUAAGAUGAUUACAGGUAAUAAAGAUGAUCAAGACAUUUAUAUUCCACGAAUGUCAAUGUCCCCUUCACAAUCCACAUGGCCAUUUAAGCUAAUUAGAAAACAAUUUCCUAUCAUGCUAUCCUAUGCAAUGACAAUAAAUAAAUCUAAAGGUCAAUCACUACGUUUUAUUGGAUUGUAUUUGCCGACACCGAUAUUUAGUCACGGUCAGCUAUACGUUGCAAUCUCUCGAGUUCAAAGUAAAUCUGGGUUAAGAAUCCUAAUCCAUGAUAAGGACAACAAACCUUCGUAUACAACAACCAAUGUUGUAUACAAAGAAAUGUUCCAAAAUGUAUAG